AUGGGUCAUACAAAUACGUCUCAGAUGAGUUAUUUUUAUUUUCAGAUUUUGUCCGAAUAUUUGACAGCCGACUAUUUGGAGAAUGUAAUGAGUGGCAACUGGGAGGAAGAGUAUGGUGUUGGACGCGUUCUGGUGCACGGACAGCCGACUGCUCUUAAUCUCUUCAUACAAUCCGACGAUAAGCUUUCGGCGAUUGUUGACUGGAGUGAGGCACAUCCGGGUUGUUUUGGUGAAGAUAUUGCUGCGGCCAUUUGCUGGAAUUUAAGCCCAGUGGAACGUCAUGCCAAUCACGAACGUCUACUCGAAUUCUAUCAUUACAAUUUGAUCAAACAUAGUGCAGGUUCCUUUCUGCAGCUCUUACUUCUAAACAUCAUUCCAACAAACUAUAAACCAUUAGACUAA